AUACAAGAAAGGAAGUGGACCAAUCAACAGACCCUAACUCCAAGAAGCUACAAUUAAUACGGACAUUUGUGUGACAUUUAAAGAAGUGUAUUUUUUAUAUGUUUAUAUCUUCAACUCUUUGUUAGUUCACAAUGUGAAUUAUACUGCAAUAAGUACAUUAUGAUGAAGUAAUAUGAAGUGAUCAUUUUAAUACAGUUGGUAGAGCAAGAAAUAUUUCACUCAAGGACCAAAUACCAAAGCAAUAAAUCCUUCAAGGAUUCAUAGUUUGAAGUUAGAAAUUCUUGUUGCUAUUCUUGGUAUUUCCCGUGUCAAAUAAAGGAUCAAGAAAAAUAAAACUGAAAACGAUAGGAACUGAAACGUGCCGGAUUUGAUUGUGAAACUGCACUCGGUUGUGCCUUUUCCAAGAAGAAAGGGUGAAGUGGUUUGAGAAAUGAAUAGACAGGAAAAAGGUACAAUGUGUUCACGUCGCGAAAGGAGUCCCUGUUGAUUUGAGAAAAAACAAGGAGAAAAGAUGUAGAGGAAGAAGUGAAAAUGGACAAUUAGAGGAAACAUGGACGCCUCUAAUGCCAUUGGCAAUAGCACUGAGGAUUUCUGCAGCACUAAAUUUAAGAACUUUGUACCUCCAGAAGAUGAACUCUGGUGCAAACCAGUAUGGGACUCGUUGCUGUGCUGGCCACCGACCAAAGCAUCCGCGACGAUCAAGCAGAGAUGCCCGUUCGAGAAUGGAUUCGAUACCACCAAAUUCGUGGAGAAGAAGUGCGGCUACAAUGGUCGGUGGGAGGGUCAGAACGGCACCACCAACGUGGAUUCAUCUCACGGAUGGGCGAAUUACACCACCUGUCUGAUACCGGAAAUGCUGCGGCUGCACGGCAAAGUUUAUACCAACACCGUCGAGGGAAACAUGAAAAUGGACAUAGUUGAGAAAACCCGCACACUGGAGUUUGUUGGCUUAAGCAUUUCUUUGGUAGCGCUACUCGCUUCACUUGCCAUAUUCUGUCGUUUUAGGUCUUUGAGGAAUACUAGGACCAGGAUACAUAAGAACCUCUUUGUAGCCAUGGUUGUACAGGUUCUUAUCAGAUUGACGGUGUACAUAGAUAUUGAAAUUUUAAGGAAGAAGACAUAUGGUAUUCAACGAGGUAUAGGAAACACUCCUGUGCUGUGUGAGACAAGCUAUGCUCUUCUGGAGUAUGCAAAGACCUCCAUGUUCAUGUGGAUGUUCAUAGAGGGUCUAUUUCUGCACAAUAUGGUUACUGUGACGGUGUUCCAAGAAACGUCUUACUAUAGGAUGUACAGAUUCAUCGGCUGGGGAUGUCCUGUUGUGAUGACUUUAGCCUGGGCCAUCAUUACCGCAUUUUACUAUCAUCCAAAGUCCAGAUUUUCCAGAUGCUGGUCAGGGUAUAAUUUGUCUUCCUACUUUUGGAUCCUUGAAGGACCUAGGUUUGCAGUUAUAUUGCUCAAUUUUCUGUUCCUACUGAACAUUGUAAGGGUACUUGUGAUGAAGCUUCGACAGAGCCAUACCAGCGAAAUCGAGCAAGUACUAAAAGCUGUACGAGCAGCAGUGGUGCUUCUACCACUUCUGGGCAUCACCAACGUGCUCUUCAUGAUAGAAGCACCGUUGCAUAACGUGAAGAAAUUUGCACUGUGGUCUUACUCCACUCACUUCCUGCAGUCUUUUCAAGGCCUAUUCAUUGCAACACUCUACUGUUUCCUAAACGGCGAGGUGAGACUCGCUCUGGACAAAACCAUAUCCGUCUAUCUGUCUAUAAGAGGAACCGACCUGCAAGCGAGAAGACAGCUGACCUACAGUGGCUGCCAACCCCAAAGAAUAGUAUCAGAACAGCCGUUUGACCCUGGAGCUCCUCAGGACAUACUGACCAAAAGCUUCAGAAUUUUGGACGGUGAAGAAUUAGGUUGCAAACUAUUAUGAAGAUUGGGGUUCCUGAACCAACCUGUACAUUCAAGAACCUAAUUUUUGUCUGGAGAUUUUGUUGAUAUGAACUAAUUGACUGAUUAAUUAUUACUAAUUUAGAAUGAUAAAAUAAGUAAUAAUUAUUUAAGGUUUCAGAUAAUCCAAGCAAGCAAUGGGUGUAAAUUUAAGAGAAAAAUAUUGAUGUUUUGGAGUGAGAUGAGUUUCUGUGAAAUGUGGAGUUAAUUGGAAAUUUGAAGUGGAAUGGGUGAGUGGAGAGUUUAAUAAUGUUUGGAAUGGGAUUGACUGGGCAAUGUUGUGCGAGAUAAAUUAUUAAAGGAAAAUAAGAGACAGAGAUGUUAAUGUGAUGUUUGACGAAGAAUAGAUAUCUUAAUACAUACAAAUUCUUAGUAAAUGGAAAAUGUAAUAGAAUGUGAACUAGGCUGUGAACCGAUAAAUAAACGUCGGAUAAGUUUCAUAUGGAUUAAUGAAACAGGUUGAUAAAUAAAAAUUUAUAAUCAUUCAGAUUUAAAGUGGACUAACUGUAUAAAUAAAAGAUUGACAAUGAAUGAGAGUCGAAGAAGUUUGUAACAGAACAUUACGUUGAUUAGUAACGAUAAGUUAUAAUGUUUGAAGAAUAAUUUUGUAAAGAAACGUCAACUAUUUUCAAGUAAAAUUACAUUUUUUGUAUGGAAAUGUUUAUAGAUUUAACUGGUGUAACUGCUGUUUAUAUACUUUUAAAAAUCUCUGUAAGUUGUGAAACCUAUUAUGGUACACUUUAAAACUGAUUUAAUAACGUGAAUGAGUUUUACCUAACAAUUUUUCUUCAAACAGAAAAAGUACAAUUUUCAAGAUCUAUGUUCGAAGUGAUUUGAUAUUUUUAUCGUGUGUUCAGAGCGAUCAUAGCUAGCAGCAAAAUUACUACGAUCGAUAACGUAAUCUAUUUGCAUGCCUUUUUGCAAGACAGAAAAUAAUUAGUCGUAAGGUUAGCUAAUUAGCAAAUGCAUCGGUGCUUGAAUAACUUUGUAGCUGUGCGUUGUUUUAAAGAUAUAAAUAAAUAAUCGUGACACCGA